AACCCAGAGGUCUGCGGAGGUAGCUCCCGGAGGCCUGUGCGGAGGGGCGGAGGGAUCUGGCAGUUGGGGCUGUUAGCAGGUGCCCGCGGGAGGUGCAGCAGCAGUGCGAGGUGGUGGCAGCCCUGCGCCCGCGAGAAGCCUGCUGCAGCGACCCGGCGUGAGGAGCCUCAGGGGCUGCGGACCUAAGCGUGCUGAGCACGGGGCCAAGAUAGGACCAGACGCUGCUGGACCACGACGAUCAGGGUCUGGAAGCAAGCUAUGCCCACCUGUGCCUUGACCUCAACAGACCUGUACCCAAGCCCAGGCUUGGUCCCGACCUCUCUCUAUGCUCGAACUUUAUCUAUACCUCUUUCUCUGUCUGGAACUUGUCCUCUCCUCGUUGUUCUGGGCCUAUAGCCCACUCUAACCUGUUUCCUUUCUCUCCUUGUGCCCAAGCCUGGCCCACAUCCCUCCUCCUGCCUGUCCUCACCUCUCUAUUGUUCCUGGACCUCUUCCACACGUAUCCCUGUGUCUGAGUCUGGUCCCCGGUUCCCCCAGUCCCCACCUCUCCAUGCCAAAGCACAUAAUAGCAUCUCUCUAACUAUAUCCCCAGUCUGCUACAGCCUCCAGCUCUAUCCGUAUCCUCACUGGUUUUCCACCUGCCUCCCUAUGCUUUCACAUCCGAAUCCCAGUCGUUAUCACAGCUGUGUUACAAUGCAGAGAGACCUGGCUCACUUACAUGGCGCGACCACACCGGCAUCCAGCCUGCGACACACGUAGGAUUGGAAGGAGGCCAAGCUGAACACCUGAGCUGACUGGAAAAUGACUGGACGAGCCCGAGCCCGGGCCCGUGGCAGGGCCCGAGGUCAGGAGACGGUGCAGCAUGUUGGGGCUGCUGCACAGAGCCAGCAACCUGGGUACAUCCCGCCGAGACCCCAGCAGUCGCCCACAGAGGGGGACUUGGUUGGCCGAGGACGACAGAGGGGAAUGGUAGUCGGAGCCACGUCCAAGUCACAAGAACUGCAGAUCUCAGCCGGGUUUCAGGAGCUGUCACUGGCAGAGAGAGGAGGGCGUCGCCGAGACUUCCAUGACCUUGGUGUGAACACCAGACAGAACCUUGACCAUGUCAAAGAGUCAAAGACAGGCUCCUCUGGCAUCAUUGUGAAGCUGAGCACCAACCACUUCCGGCUGACCUCGCGCCCACAGUGGGCCCUGUACCAGUACCACAUUGACUAUAACCCCCUGAUGGAGGCCCGCAGGCUGCGCUCUGCCCUGCUCUUCCAGCACGAAGACCUCAUUGGAAGGUGUCAUGCUUUCGACGGGACAAUAUUGUUUUUACCUAAGAGACUACAGCACAAGGUCACGGAAGUAUUCAGUCAGACUCGGAAUGGGGAACACGUGCGGAUUACCAUCACCCUGACCAACGAGCUGCCGCCCACCUCACCCACCUGCCUGCAGUUCUAUAACAUCAUCUUCAGGAGGCUCUUGAAAAUCAUGAAUUUGCAACAAAUUGGACGGAAUUAUUACAACCCAAGUGACCCGAUUGAUAUUCCAAAUCACAGGUUGGUGAUCUGGCCCGGCUUCACCACCUCCAUACUUCAAUAUGAGAACAACAUCAUGCUUUGCACAGACGUCAGCCACAAGGUCCUCCGCAGCGAGACCGUUCUAGACUUCAUGUUCAAUCUGUACCAGCAGACGGAGGAGCACAAGUUCCAGGAGCAAGUGUCCAAGGAGCUCAUAGGCCUCAUCGUCCUCACCAAGUACAACAACAAGACCUACAGGGUGGAUGACAUCGACUGGGACCAGAAUCCAAAGAGCACCUUCAAGAAGGCAGAUGGCUCGGAGGUCAGCUUCCUGGAGUACUACAGGAAGCAAUACAACCAGGAGAUCACAGACUUGAAGCAGCCAGUGCUAGUGAGCCAGCCCAAGCGGAGGAGAGGCCCUGGCGGCACCCUGCCUGGCCCAGCCAUGCUCAUCCCAGAGCUCUGCUACCUCACAGGCCUGACUGAUAAAAUGCGCAAUGAUUUCAACGUGAUGAAGGACCUGGCGGUGCACACACGGCUGACCCCUGAGCAGCGGCAGCGGGAGGUGGGCCGCCUCAUCGACUACAUCCACAAGGAUGACAAUGUGCAGAGAGAGCUUCGAGACUGGGGCCUAAGCUUCGAUUCGAACUUGCUGUCCUUCUCAGGAAGAAUCUUACAAUCCGAGAAGAUCCACCAGGGUGGAAAGACGUUUGAUUACAACCCACAAUUUGCAGACUGGUCCAAAGAAACGAGAGGCGCGCCGCUGAUCAGCGUGAAGCCGUUGGAUAACUGGCUGCUGAUCUAUACCCGCAGGAAUUAUGAAGCGGCCAACUCGCUGAUACAGAACCUGUUCAAAGUGACUCCGGCCAUGGGCAUCCAGAUGAAAAAGGCCAUCAUGAUCGAGGUGGACGACAGAACAGAAGCUUAUCUGAGAGCCUUGCAGCAGAAGGUGACAUCAGACACUCAGAUAGUUGUCUGUCUCUUGUCAAGUAAUCGGAAGGACAAGUAUGAUGCCAUCAAGAAGUAUUUGUGCACAGACUGCCCCACCCCAAGUCAGUGUGUGGUGGCCCGGACGCUGGGCAAGCAGCAAACAGUCAUGGCCAUUGCCACCAAGAUCGCCCUGCAGAUGAACUGCAAGAUGGGAGGCGAGCUCUGGCGGGUGGACAUGCCUCUGAAGCUGGCAAUGAUCGUGGGCAUUGACUGUUACCAUGACACCACAGCUGGGCGGAGGUCCAUCGCAGGAUUCGUUGCCAGCAUCAAUGAAGGGAUGACCCGUUGGUUCUCCCGCUGCGUCUUUCAGGACCGUGGACAGGAGCUGGUAGACGGUCUGAAGGUGUGCUUGCAAGCUGCCCUGAGGGCUUGGAGUGGCUGCAAUGAAUAUAUGCCCAGCCGAGUCAUUGUGUACCGAGACGGUGUGGGGGACGGGCAGCUGAAGACCCUGGUCAAUUAUGAGGUCCCACAGUUCCUAGACUGCCUCAAGUCAGUCGGGAGAGGUUACAACCCAAGACUGACCGUGAUCGUAGUGAAGAAGCGAGUCAAUGCCAGGUUUUUUGCUCAGUCUGGGGGAAGACUUCAGAACCCUCUUCCGGGGACAGUCAUCGAUGUGGAAGUCACCAGACCAGAGUGGUAUGACUUUUUCAUCGUGAGCCAGGCAGUGAGAAGUGGGAGUGUGUCCCCAACACACUACAAUGUCAUCUACGACAGCAGUGGCCUGAAGCCCGACCACAUCCAGCGGCUGACGUACAAGCUGUGUCACGUGUACUACAAUUGGCCUGGAGUCAUCCGAGUCCCUGCACCUUGCCAGUAUGCACACAAGCUGGCCUUCCUCGUGGGCCAGAGCAUCCACAGAGAGCCGAACCUCUCCCUGUCCAACCGUCUCUACUACCUCUAACCAGCAGCGAGGGCCUACAUGCUGGUUUCCUCCAGAGCUCUGCCAACCUUUAGUUCUGUUUCUCAUAUGAUGUUGUUCUAGCGGGAUGCUGGGGGUGGGGGUUGGGGGCCGCGGUUUCGUUUUUUUUUUUUUUUUUUAGUUGGUUUGUAGUGGUUAUAGAGUUAACUAAGGUUCACUGUUUGCUUUGUUUCUCAUAGAGCGUUGUGACAAUUUGCUUGGCAGAGUGGUGGCAGGGGGCCGUGGUACCACAGAUAGACUUUCCUAAAGCAGCCGAGUCGGCAGGUUCUCGGAGGUGCUCCUGGGAGCACGUCCUACUGUACGCUGCGCUCUCUCUCUCUCUCUCUCUCUCUCUCUCUCUCUCUCUCUCUCUCUCUCUGCAUGUUUGAAUUUAAAGGAGGAAAAGACGCAAGGCAAAAAUACCCAGAGCAUCCUAGGCUGAUGCUAUGUGGGACUCUGACCCUCUGACACCUCAGAUCCUAAAGAUAAAAAGGCCGGGGGUGCCUCUCUGAAUUUCUUUUAAGAGUUAGGUUAUAGGGAAUGAAAAGAAUUGUUGAGGGUUGGGGAUUUAGCUCAGUGGUAGAGCGCUUGCCUAGCAAGCGCAAGGCCCUGGGUUCGGUCCCCAGCUCCGAAAAAAAAGAAAAAAGAAAAAAAAAUAAUAAUUGUUGAAAGUUUUAAACUUUUCUCCAUGAAAGUGUUUUAAGACUGAUGAGGCCGGUGGUGGAACGAGUGUUGUUUUCUUUCGCAAUUUUCUCACCGAGUGAAAUUAGCGACCCUCACUUUAUUUAAACAGUUUUUAGUUUUCGAAGGCCCGUGUUUUCUUUGUUUUUAAACUGCAGAAGACCACUCUGGGAUAGGAUUCCACUCCCGAAAGUAAGGUGUCGGGCGUGGUGGCACACACCUGUGAUCUCAGCACUUGGGAGGUGAAGCCCGGGGAACCCCAAGUUCCCGGUCAGCCUAGGCUACAUAGUGAGACCUUGUCUUAACAAACAGGAAAAUAAAAGAAAAAUGGAGCAGUUAUGAGUUAUGGGUGUCAGUUUCUGCAGGAGACUCUGGGAGUAAGAGCUGCCCCUGUCCCCAGAGGCAGCUGGUGGGCCAAUUCAGGUGCCAGGCAAGGUAUGGCCACAUAUGUUUGUCUGGCUCUUUGGCAGUGAAGGAGGCUUGGAGUUAUGUCACGAGAGCAGCUUGAAGUGGCUACAGUGUGAUGAGUUUUACACAAUGGCAGUGUGUGCCCCCGGCACAGCUCAAUAAAGUUUCUGUCUCACUUUA